AUGAAGGAAUGAGCGGCCUUCUGUGAGCUGGAAGAGUUGAAGAGCAGGGUUGAGAUGGAAGAAUUCUGCUCGGAAUGCCUGAGGAACGCUUUGCCGUAUCGUGCAAUCACUAAACACAGGUCUAAUGGUGUGGUGCCCCACCAGAGCAGACCUUUCUCCUGUAUACCAAGCGCCCAUGUGGAGAGCAGCCGUGCAGAAAUAAAGAAAGCUUUGGUCACUGGAGGAGCAGGCUAUGUCGGCCAUAACCUUGGAUGUGCGUUGGUGAAACUAGGGGUCUCCGUUGUGCUUUUUGACAUACACAAGUCCGAAUGGGAGACCCCAGCUGGAGCUGUAUUUAUUAAGAGCGACAUAAGAGAUUACGAUUCUCUAUACAAAGCCUGUGAAGGAGUUGACUGUGUUUUUCAUAUAGCUUCCUUCGGAAUGUCAGGAUCACAACAAUUCCAGAAGCAAAUGAUUGAGUCAAUUAACAUAGGAGGGACAAAAGUGGUCCUUGAUGUUUGCGUGCAGAGGAAUAUCCCUAAAUGUAUUUACACGAGUACAGUCAAUGUGGCAUUUGGUGGUAACCACAUAGAAGAUGGAGAUGAAGAAACCGUGCCUUAUUUUCCACUCGAUAAGCAUCUGGACCAUUAUUCCAGGAGUAAAGCGAUCGCUGAUCAGAUGGUACUGGCAGCCAAUGGGACUCUGCUAAAAGGAGGAGGAAAACUUCAUACCUGCGUGCUACGACCACCUGGCAUUUAUGGGCCAGAUGAGAAGAGACAUUUACCAAGGCUAGCGACAAACGUUGAAAGAAGAUUACUGUGUUUUAAGUUUGGAAGCAGCAGUGCCAAGAUGAAUUGGAUCCACGUGUGCAAUCUGGUGGAGGCUCAUAUCUUAGCUGCCAAAGCACUGACCGCUAGCAAAGAAUUCAUUGCAAGCGGAAAAGUAUAUUACAUUCACGACGGCGACAGUUUCAAUUGCUUUGAUUGGCUUCAUCCAUUGUUUGAGAAGCUGGGUCUAUGUGAUCCAUGGAUAACCCUUCCAUCAUCACUGGUUUAUGGAGUAGCUUUUCUUCUGGAAUGGCUACAUAUUAUUUUAAAACCAAUUUUGAAUUUGAAUCCAUUGCUGACAAGGACUGAGGUAACAAACAUCGCGGUAACGCACACGUUCAGGAUAGAUAAAGCCCGGAAGGAGCUUGGGUAUAACCCACAGAAAUUCUCCUUCGCCGAUGCCGUGGAUCAUUAUGUCAGAAACAAGCAGAAGUCGUCGCAGGACCAAAAUGUUUUUUGCAGUCUGUUGCUUGUUAUGUUCUGCUUAUUUGUUUGUAUGUGUUUCCCAUUUCUUUUGUAGGGUCUUCAAAAACCUGGUCCUCCUCUUUUUCACCCCGACUCCAUUUAGCUGCACAGCAAUGUUUCACUCACAAUGAUU